CAUAUCCUUUGCUGACAUCAUCUCGUGCCGCCAUAUUGAAAAGGGAAGCAGCCUGUACUAGCUCGGCUGCCGUAGCGUGGAACGCUGGUUUCCAUCGUCUCCGCCUCUCUUGCCGCGGUCGAGGCCUGUUCCUCAUGAGGUCCCCUGGCUGGUCGUAGCUGCGGUGUGCAUAGGGCCGAGGUGAGAGUGGUUGUCGUGCCUUUUCCGGACUCCUGAGCUGUCAUCAAGUCUCUUUCUGGCGGGUCUUUGCUCUUCUGCCGCCUCCGGCCAUGACUUCUCUCACCCAGCGCUGUUCCGGUCUGGUGCAGCGCCGGAUCGAGGCUUCCCGCAGCGCUGACGACGAGGAGCGAGGAGCUAAGGGUGGCCCAGUGAACGAAGGCCGCCGGGACGAGCUGGGCGACGACGAGAAGGGAGAUUCCAAGCAAACACGAUUCACUCUCAUGGAGGAGGUGCUGCUUCUGGGCCUUAAGGAUCGUGAGGUGGACCUUGCCAUUACAUCUUGAUUAAGUCAGUAGAUUUUCACAAUGAUGUGUGCUUCUACCUAUUGACUUCAAAGAUGUGCCUAUGCAGGUUUUUCUUCCAACUUACCUGAACAGUUGCAGGGAAGUAUUAGAUGUGCCAAGACAACUAUCUGUCAGGAUAGGAGGUCUUCAUUUGAGGAAGAUGGGAUAGACUGGGUGGUCUUUGAGCCCAGAUUUUCCAUGAAUGUGUGGUAAACCUGCUGAAUUUGUGGAUGUUAGACUGUAAAGAUUUCAAAUUAGGAAGUAUUCUGUCUGCCUAGAAAGAACACAGAGCACAAGUGUUCCUAAUAUAUCAAAAGAGCUGAGGUGCUCUCCAUCAUAUUUGAAAAAUCAUGGCUGUCUGCUGAAGUCCCCUUUGACUGGAAAAAGGGAAACAUUAUGCCCAUUUUUAAGAAAGGGAGAAAGCAAGACCCGGGGAACUAUAGGACAGUGAGCCUCACCUCUGUGCCUGGGAAGAUUGUGGAACAGAUCCUCCUAGAAGCUAUGUUAAGGCACAUAUGAGACAGAGGUGAUUUGAAACAGCUAGCAUGGCUUCACCAAGGGCAGAUCGCGCCUCACCAAUCUGGUGGCCUUCUAUGAUGGAGUGACAGCUUUGGUGGACAGGGGAAGGGCGGUGGAUGUCAUCUACCUGGACUUCUGCAAGGCCUUUGACAUGGUUGCUCAUCACAUCUUUCUCUCUAAGUUGGAGAGGUGUGAAUUUCAAGGAUGGACUGUUUGAUGGAUUAGGAAUUGGUUUUCUGGACACAGCCAAAGGGUGGCGAUCAAUGGUUGUGUCAGGA